CUUUUGCAUUUUUUUUCCCACUUUAUUUUAUCUUAUUGUGCCUGAAAAAAAAACAUGCAAGACAAUAAAUGGACUUCACCCCCAGAUACUCCACGUAAUUAUAUGUCACUUCAACCUGGCUAUCCUUAUAGCAAUAAUAAUGAAUAUAUACAUCAUACAAAUUCAAAUUCUACUGUUCUUCCAGGAACGUCUACACAACCUGCUAUGCCAAGUUUGUUAGCAGGUUCCCAGCCCAGUACACCUAGACCUGAUAUGAUUAGCCCGCCUCCUGAUAAGCUUGCUGCUAUGCCCGACCUUAUUCGAAAAAGACCGCCCAUACCUUCUCGACCUGCAAGUUUUACAACUACAACUUUCCAUUCAAAUCCUUACCCCAGUAGUAUGUCAUUAAGACGUCGUAGAACUGAAUCUUCGAUGUUUUCUUUUGAAACUGGACCUUCUUUCAGCCCAACAAAACAAGUAUUAGAUUUAUGGAAUAUUGAUCAAUCAAAUGGUUAUCAGAUUCAAAUAAAUGCAAAGAUGGAUAGAGGCUUUUUUAGAGCAGAUCAAGACUGGACUUGCUAUCGUCGUAAUUAUUUUCAAGUCAGUGCUACAUUUGAUAUUCGAGGUUCAAGUUAUAUUCUGCAAACACCAGAGGUACCAUGUCUUGCUAGACUUGAAAAUGGAGAGAUAUAUCAAGUGGAUUUCUUUUCUAUUGGUAUUACAGCUCGCGUUUCUGGGAGCGACAAGAAGAUUGAGUUAGUUCAACAUACACCAAAACGUGAUAAGGGUCCGCAAAUGGUACCUGAGCCACGAAUUGUAAAUCCAGGUGGAAAUUUACAUUUGGCUUCAGUUGGAUCAAAUCAUAAUAUUGUCACAUUUGAGCGAAUGCAAUUUAAAACAGCAACUGCGAAUAAUGGUAAACGAAGAGCAGCACAACAAUAUUAUGAAAUUGUAGUUGAUCUUUAUGCAAAUACCUCUAUUGGUAAACGAUUCCAGGCUGCUACUUGUACUUCAGCUCCUCUUGUGGUUCGUGGCAGAAGCCCUGGCCACUAUGCUGACUCUCAUACACGUUAUAGAAGUAUGGAUGCUGGUGCACCUUCUACUCUACCCACUUCCUUUGGGGCAGUAAGUGGUAAUGGUAAUGGUGGUACUUUACCUGGUGUUAUAGCAAACACUGGAAAUGGUCCUGAAGAUUUUCAUUAUAUGCAAUCGCCACCUCUUCCUCGUUUUGGUGGCGGUGAUGGUCCGUUAAAUAAUCCUACAGGAAGCAAUUCUGAUUUUUAUACAUAUCAACAACCAUCUGCAAGUUAUCAUCCUUAUCCAAUAGGAAGUUAUGGAUCCAUGCUUAACACAUCUUCUCUUAAUUCUGGAAGAAAUGUCGAAGAUAGUCAUCCUCGUGAACAUAGUUAUUUGAUGCAUCCUUAUACUGCACAUCCACUCUCUUCUCCUGCCAGUACUAACAACAACAAUCCAUAUAAUAAUAAUAAUAAUAAUAGCAAUAACAAUAACAAUAACAAUAGCAAUAAUAAUGGACAACCAUCGCAAACUAUAGAAGGAAAUAGCAAUAACAACACUGUUUAUAGCAAUAAUCAUCUUACAUCAGAUAAUAGUAAGUCUUACUGGGCAGCAGUUAACAAUAGAGAAGCGGAUAGUCCUUCAGAUAUUGUUUCACAUCAUAGUAGAUAUAAUGGUCAUGGAGGAGGACAUGAGUCAGGAUAUAUCAAUUCUGAAUUUACUGCAGGAUACAGUAAUGGUGGUAUUCGAUCUUCUCAACAGAAUGAUACUAAUAAUACAGCAAUGUCUUCCUCUUCUUCUAUGGAAUCAAAUUCACUUGAUGCUGGACGUUCUUCAUUGACAUCUGAUAAUAGGCAUUACUUGCAACAUUCCUCAUCAACACAUACUCCACACUAA